AUGCUUGAUAAGUCUUUGAGGACAGACAGGUUAGCGUCAAGUCCCAUAUUUCACUCGCGCAUCUUUAUUUUUUGUGCAACUAUCAAUCAAGUCAGGAGAAUGUCACUGCCUACAGUAUUUGUGAUUACUGGUGCGAACAAAGGAAUUGGUUAUGGUAUAGUGAAAGGUCUUGCUGAAAAGUUGCAGACUGCAAUCAUAUACCUUACGGCGAGGAAUGAGAAAUUAGGUAGAGAAUCGUUGGACAAACUGAUCAAAGAACUGGGCGAUAAUCGUCACUCUGACAUUCGUUUUCAUCAACUUGACAUCACUGAUCAUACCAGCUGCGAGAAUUUUGCUUCCUACUUGAAAAAAGAGCACAAUGGACUGGAUGUAUUGAUUAACAAUGCAGGAUUUGCUUUCAAAAACGCAGCUACUGAACCACCAGAAAAACAGGCUCGCGUAACAAUUGGUAUCAAUUAUAAUGGUACUAAACAAGUCUCUGACAUACUAUUACCCCUCAUUCGAGACGGUGGAAGAGUUGUUAACGUAAGCAGUUCGGAAGGUGUUAUUGCUGGUCGUUAUAGUGAUGAAAUUAUUGCUAGGCUUACCAGUCCUUCGUUAACAAUUGCUGAUAUCGAUAAGUUUACUCGUGAUUACAUAAAGGCUUGCAUUGAAGAUAAACGGAGAGAAAAUGGCUUUCCUAACUCAGCAUACAAAGUGUCAAAAGCUGCAGUUAUAGCACUCACAUUCAUCCAAGCGAAAGAACUGAAAAGCCGGAAUAUUUUGGUGAAUGCGUGUCAUCCCGGAUAUGUUAAUACCGACAUGACAAGUCAUCACGGUCUUCUAACAGUUGAAGAAGGUGCUGACACACCUAUUUAUUUAGCAACUUUGGAAGGCAACGGUCCAACUGGAAAAUUUUUUUAUAAGAGAAAAGAGAUCGAUUGGAGUGUACCAUUUGUUAGCAGUUGA